ACAAAAAAGGAAAUUGAAAGGAAACUUGAAAAAUGAAAAAUAAAAUGUGAUUGUGAUAAAAUCUCCGUUGCUCAGUCGCGUUUUUCCACCAAAUUACACAAAACAUCGAUCCGGUUUAGGAAAAUUCCUCAUAAUUAUUGAUUAACGAUAUAAAAUCAAUAUAAACAUUAUCAAAAUGCAAAUAUCAUCAGGAAGCUCGCAAAGUCCCUCUGUGCAGGAACAGACCAGCCAUCAGGAUGAAAAUGACUCUACAACGCCAGAGUUUAUUUAUGGUGGACCUUUUAUACAGGUGGAAAAAGAUGCAAAGUUUUUAAAUACAGUGACACCUUUUAAUAUGCAACUUCAGGGCACUUUUAAAAAGAGCUUCGCAUACUAUUCGUUAAAAGAACGGCUACCGAUCAUCCUGACUAAAGUCAUUGAUUACUUAUCGCGGGAGAGCUCAAAGAUCAAGUCAUCGCAUAACGCGUCGGACGAAGACAUCCGCGGCUUGAUCCAGUACAUAACGAAGCUAAAAAACGAUUUAGUCACAAACAAAAAGUACGAUCUACUCACAGUUGACACCCCUGAAGCCAAAAAAUGGAACCAAUGGAUCUUUAAUGCUGAAAGUCCGUAUUACUUUACGAAUAUCUGGGUGUUUUCCGAGUGUUACGUGUACAGGCGGCUCAGGGAAGGAUGCGAGUUGAGCAAGGGACUCCGUUUCUUCGAUCCGUUCGACGAACAGAAAGACAAUUCGUUCAAGAACAGCUUAGAGCCGAUGUGCUUAGUUGCCGACAAACUAGUCACCAUGUUACCAGCUAGCGAUAAGGACAAGCGAAAACAGGACUUCAUAACCUUGCUCAAGCUAUGUCUAUGGUCGAACAAAUGCGACCUGUCGCUGUCUAAUGGCGAAGAAACCCGCGCCAUUAUGGACCCGCUACAAAUGAUUGUGGAUCUUAAGGAUAAGGUACUCGUGGAUGACUCGGCAAAAAUCUGUGAUACAGUUUGUACCAAAGCGGAGAGUAUGAGCAAAGCUAUUGAAGGGAAUACGGUUUUCAAAGCGAAAUGCAGUUGCCACAGACUCGCGACUUUAGCCGGAAUGCCGAUUUGUAAAAACGAGUCCCCGGAAGCGCCGGAAGCGAAGCAGGAAGGUGAGACAUCGGAAGCGCCCCCUCAGAUACCUUGUCCAGCUAAAAUGAUACUGCCUCAGGCCGUCACUUUUGAUAUAAUCUGUGACAAUGCAGGAUACGAACUAUUCACGGACUUGUGUCUAGCUCACUUUCUUAUAUCGCAGAACAUUGUUAAAAAGGUUAGAUUUCACGUGAAAAAGAUACCGUGGUUCGUAUCGGAUGUCACUCCAAGGGAUUUCAGAUAUGUGAUAAACUCGUGCGCAGCCGCCAGCUUCAGUAGAGAAAUACCCCCCGAGCCCAAACCAGUUGCCGAGGGCGAAGCGCCAUCAGAACCGGAGCCCCCUAUAGUAAUAAGGUCGGACAAUUUGAGGCAACUGGGUGAGACUUGGGAGAAAUAUAUUGAUGACGGCUCCUUUGUUGUCAUGAGUGACGAUUUUUGGACGUCCCCCCACGUAUAUAGAGACAUGAAAAAAUACGAACCGAACUUGUAUAGAAAACUACAAUUUGCCGUGGCAUUACUAUUCAAGGGGGAUCUCAAUUAUAGGAAACUGUUGUGCGAAAAGAAUUGCAUUCCCACUGUAGGGUUUGAGCCUUCUUUGCAAGGUUUCACUCCGGCGCCGGUUAUAGCUCUGCGAACCGUCAAAGCGGACCUCAUAUGCGGUUUGCCUGAAGGGAAGUGGGAGGAGCUUAACCAGAUCGAUGAGAAAUGGAUGGAGAAAGGAGAUUAUGGAGUAAUCCAGUUUUGCGAAAAAUCUGAACCUUUGAUUGAAACGGACAGUCCUUGCGGCGACUAUGAAGAUACCUGCUUAUAAUGAACAUUUACAGCCUACAGGUUUGGUGUGGACACAGAGUGAUCAAUUAAUACAAUCAAUUAAAUAGUACAUAUAAUAAUUCCAAGAAUUAUGUAUACCAUCAUAAGUAAUAAUUACUAUGUAUAUCAUAAGGUGGCUUAUGUAGCACAAUUUAAAUAAAUUAUUUAUUAACUA